UCCUUACGCCUUCUGCUCACGUGGGACCUUGUGACAAGAAGUGAUCAUAAUAUUAUAUAUUAUAUACUCAAUUUAAGAAGUUGAUAAAACAAUAUACGUCAAAAUUUGAUUUCGGAUUUGAAAAGCAGUAAAAGCACAUGACAGAAACAGAUCCUUGCAAGAAAAUUGCUUGUAAAUUACAAACAUGUUUAAAAGAGAAUGUUUAUCAACCGUCUAGAUGUGAAAAAAUUAUUGAAGAAUUAAGACAGUGUUGUAUGAAACAUUCAUCGCAUUCCCUUGUUUGUGAUGGAAUAGACACAAAUAAACCAUACGAACAUAACACAGUUGAUUACAAGACAGCAAUAAAGUAGACCAUGAAACGAAGAGCGGUAUACAAGAACGCUCCUUUACAUUACCGCUACCCAAGAUUUUUCGUUAUUGGAGGAUCUAUUUUGUGCACAGGAUUAUUUUUCAGUAGGCAGAUUUACGAAA